AAGUUUUCUGGAAGGGAAGAAAGAGUUUGGGAGAAAUCAUGGCCGGUUGUCAACCGUGUUCCCAGUCUGAGGACCAGAGCCCACAGCCCAGCUGCUCAGGGUACCCCCUGGAGGCAGUAAGGGGUGAAGAAAUCCCAGGACCAUCAGCCCCCUGGGUAGACCCCCAUCCCCCGCCUCCCUCCCGUGGUUGGAAGAGGAGAAGGGAGGAGUCAGAGGAGGAGACAGCCCCAGGGGCUGAGGACAUCUGGGUCGUGGAGACGCUGUGUGGACUCAAGAUGAAGUUGAAGAGACAGCGGUUGUCUUCAGUGCUGCCUGAGCACCAUGAGGUUUUCAACAGGCUGCUGGAAGAUCCUGUCGUUAAAAGAUUCCUGGCCUGGGACAAAAACCUGAGGGUAUCUGACAAGUAUCUCCUGUCUAUGGUCAUAGCUUACUUCAGCCGUGCUGGCCUCUUCUCCUGGCAGUUCCAGCGAAUCCACUUCUUCCUAGCACUCUACGUGGCCAAUGAUAUGGAAGAAGAUAACCAGGCCCCCAAACAGGCCAUCUUUUCAUUCCUGUACGGGAAGAACCGCUCCCAGCGUCCCUUGUUUCACAAACUGCGGUUUCAAUUCAUCCGAUCCAUGGGCUGGAAGACCAGGGUGUCCCGGGAAGAGUGUGAGGAGAUCCAGGCUUUUGAUCCAGAGCUGUGGGUGUGGGGGCGAGAUCGCACCCUCAUGCCCUAGAGUUCCCGGGACCACGGAGGCCUGAGGUCAUCGGCCUGAGAGAAGAGCCCAGGGGAGAUGCAGGUUUUCAGCAGGAAGUCCAUCCGGAUGCUAAUGACAGGCCUGAGGAAGGAAGAGAGGAGUCUCUUGUACAGAUAAUCUGGAAGAACCUAGAACCUUCUAGAAUGAGCUGAAUAGAGUUAUCACACUGUACUCCUAGGAGUUGGGGGCACGUCUAGGAGUCCAUGGAAGGACAAUGAGAAACCGGGGUUUUGUUCAGGGUCUGUCCCUUCCCAGGGCACCACCAAAUAUUUCAGAUUGUUUUAAUUCAAAUCUCCUCUGAGGUAGAAGUUGGAGGGCCCGUUUUUUAUGCACUGGGACGCAGAUUAGGAGGGAAGUACUUCAAAAAUGUAAAAUUAGAGCCAAAGGAUUGUUUGUGAUAGAU